AUGAGCUCGCGUGUAGUCGAACGCGCGCGCAAGAUGUUGAAGGGCGGCUGGCGCAAAGCACGCCGUGUCAUGCGAAUGGCGAACGGGGCACUCAUACCUUCGCAGGCGACGUGGGAUGGAAUGUUCGAACUGGAGACCGGCUUUUCGGUAGAGGGCCGUUUUGAGGUCUUACCUACGGAUGGUGGAUGGGAUUUCUUGUUUGGCAAGCCUAUGCUCUCAGCCUUUCGCGCCGUGCAUGACUACGCUGAUGAUUCCAUAUCCAUUCGCUGCAGACGAACGGACGGGUCGAUCAUUGCCACAACACUGUAUAACUCACUACUGCCCCCGCCUCUUUCGCACCAUGACGCCCCAGCAUCAGCUCCGGAACCGGCUGUGGCCGCUACGAACAACCCGUCAAAUUCGGAUCCAGCGCCGUCGGCACCAAAACCGCACUCCGAUCAGACCAAUGCCACAACUCACACCGUUCCUAUUAACAUUACUGCAUACCCGAACCGUCGUGUGAUAGGUGCACCACCUCGAAUACGGCCGCUGUAUCGUGCCGCCUCUGCGAAGACUCAGAUCGGGUGUUAUCGUUGGUCGUUAACGUCUCCCGAGGGUUACACAAGACGACACAUAGGCAUUGGUGACAAUAUUCGGUGCGCUUCCGAUAAUGAAACACGUACCCGGAGUGAUGCGGUCUUUGCAGUACAAGAACCGAACAUCUACACCAGGGCUACGGACCCGUUCAAUGGACAACGCAUAGAUGCUCUGCUCAAAGCGGUGCGCAUUGAUCCUGAUGGCACGCUAUCGCCAGACGAGUUCGCCCAGGUACGCUCUCUAUUGAUCGAGUUCGCGGACUGCUUUGCGCUAUCACUGUCCGAAGUGUGUGCGGUCGACGGGGCAGUGCAUCGGUUGGAUGUUCCAGAUGGUCAUGAGUUCAGUCGCAAAGUGCACCAGAAGCCCCUCACGCCACCGCAGCGCGCAUUUUUCAAUAAGAAACUGGAUGAGAUGCUGGCCGCAGGCAUUAUUGAGCAGGUUCGGCCAGAGCAGGUUAAGGCAUGUUCGCCGGUGCACCUCGCUCAGAAGGCACAUGAUGCCAACUCGGGACUGAGCACCGAGGAGUUAAAGCUGCGCGUCAACGAGCAAUGCUUGCAGGGCGGCGUACACCCUUUUCAUGAUAUCCCGGCUUCAUUCAAACCUAGUGCUACUGACGCCGCUACACCCUCCGAGCAGAGCUGGCGAAUCACGAUUGCCUUCAACGAGGUCAACAACGUCACAAAGGUCGCUCCUAUGCCGCAAGGGGACAUUCGUGCGAAGCAGCAGCGGUUGAGAGGUCACCAAUGGCUCUCCGUGUUUGACUUUGCAUCGGGUUUCUAUGCGUGCACGGUUGCGGAGGAGUCGCGACCGUAUACGUGCUUCUAUGUGGAGGGUCGCGGCUUCUUCUGGUACUGCCGCAUGCCCUUCGGUCUCACGGGUGCACCCUCCACAUUCGCUCAUAUGACGGCGACUGCAUUGCAUGAUUUACUGCUUGAGGCAGUGAUGGAGCUCUUCGUCGAUGAUGGUGGCUGCGCGGCAGACACGUUUGGCGACAUGAUGGAUAAGUUACGCCGUGUUUUGACCCGUGUUCGCGAGCGCAAAUUGUCUCUUUCGGCGACAAAAACAGUUCUGUUCGCAGUCCGCGCUGUCUUCGCCGGGGCAAUGGUUGGCCCAGAGGGUGUCUCUCCCGAUACGGCCAAGCUUAGUGCCAUUGUGGAUUGGCCAAUUCCAGAAUCAGCUGCAGAAUUGGAGUCCUUUGUUGGGUUGACAGGGCAUUUCCGGGACCUCAUCCGCGAUUAUGCACGGAUCGAGGGCCCACUGCGUAACAUACUACGUCGGGUUCCCAUGCCGUCGAAGCCCUCAAAAGCUGCCUACCGCCGUGCCAUGCUUGCAUUUGAUGUUCGCCCGCAUUGGGGCGAGGCUGAGAAUCGGGCAUUCUUAGCUCUGAAGUGCGCACUCACUUCCGAGCCAGUUCUGCGGAAGCCUGUCUUUGACGGCACACCUUUCAUCGUCACUACCGACGGGUGUAAAGCAGGUUUCGGUGCAGUGCUCUCUCAGAUCUUCACGACAAAGCUACCCAAUGGUCGUCUAGUCACGAAGAGGCACCCAAUCGCAUUUGCCUCCAAGCGAACUUCCCAAUCAGAGGAGCGGUACAAACCUUUUCUAUUGGAGUUCGCAGCCUUGAAGUAUGGCUGCGAGCGCUUCUCGGACAUCAUAUGGGGAUCACCGGUCAUGAUCGAGACUGACUGCCAGGCACUACGCGAUGUCCUUUGCAGUGAGAAGCUGGGCGCUGUUCACGGCCGAUGGCUGGACUCCAUCAUAGCUCACCACAUUGUGGAUGUGCGACAUGUUCCGGGGAAGAUGAACGUGGUCGCCGAUCCACUGAGUCGUCUGCUCGAGGAACGCGCCCGCAAGGCCGGCGAUGGCAGCGAGUUCUCAGUCAACCCCGAUUGGGAAUCUGAUGCCGGCCUCGUGAACGACAUAUUUGUGGUUGACAGUGAUGUCGCAGAACUUCGCGCGCGGUUUGUUACGGAACCCGUGUUCCUGGAGGUGGUUGAUGCACUACUCGAGUUGGAUGCCGGAGAGGACGUGCACAAGCGGCGCCGCGCGCGUCAUCGAGCGGUGGACUAUAUGAUUGAGGAUGGGCGGUUGUACAAGAUGAUGCCCAAACCUGGAUCGCGCGCCCGUUACCGGCUCGAGUGCAUUUCGCGGCAAGAAGCCAGGGCUAAAGCUGCUGAGAUCCACGCCGAAGGCGGACACUUCGGCCGAGAACGUGUCAGACUGGCGCUGGCUGACGCAUACACGAGUCCGCGUAUGGAGCAGUCCAUUGUGACAGCGAUCGCGGAGUGUGCCAAGUGCAAGAACUUCGGAUCGACACACUUGCAUUCGUUAUUGCAGCCGGUGACGCGACGACACCCGUUCGAACUCGUUGUCGGCGACUAUCUGAGCAUGCCGGACGGCAAGGGCGGCUUCCACACCGUCGGUUUAUAUGUGGAUGUGUACUCGCAGCACGUAUGGGGUUUCAAGUACAAGACGGCGGGAAGUGCGAAAACCACCAGCGCAGCCUUGACAACCAUCUUCCGCGACUUCCUUCCCGCCGACACAUUUAUGUCAGAUGGCGGCAAGCACUUCAAAAACGCCGAAGUCCGCUCGGUCUGCGAGGAAUGGGGAACAACACCCCACGUCAUCUCCGCAUACUCGCCAUGGGUCAAUGGUCUCGUCGAGGGAUCAAACAAGAUCUUUUUGCACGUCAUCAAGAGGCUCUGUGCCCCAGAUCUUGGGGAGGACGACACGAAGGACUUGUCAAAGGACGAGGCGGCGAAGCUCAUGAAGAAGUGGCCCGACCAUUUCGAACGCACAAUCCACAUCAUGAACAACCGUUUACUGCCGGUUUUCAACAUGUCGCCGAAGGAACUCCUAUUCGGGCGCAUACUCGGCACGCCUCCUACGCCGUUGGAGGAGAGCACGUCCAAGUUGCAUUUGUCCGAUGUGGAGCUUCAGGUCGCACACGUCGCACAGCAGAACCUGGACGGAUACAGCGCGGCUGUCACACACGCGGUCAAGCGAAAGGAUGCCUUCGAUAAACGCGUCAUCGGUAGUCGCGCGGGCGCGGUUACAUUCAAACGCGGCGAUCUAGUACAAGUCUACCGAAGCGACCUCGACUACACUUUCUCAACCUCACGCAAGAUGCUUCCGAAGUGGUCGGCGGCACGCCGCGUUGUGUCGCGCCACGUCAACUCGUAUCGAUUAGCGACGGCGAGUGGUGUUCCAUUGGAGGGCCUGUUUAGUGCCCGGCGACUGCGUCGCUUCGUGCCACGGCAAGGAACGCGCCUAGCCGCCCAACAGAAGAAGUUUGCGGAGCAGGUCGAGCGCGAGGAGGAGCGCAAGCCGGUGUGGCUGGAGGCUGCCCGAACGGCCGCGGCGCGUUCGGCGUUGUCGUCGCGCGACGAGGACGCCGCGCAUAUUUCGGGGGGGCAUAUGGGCCGGGGUGACCCGGAAGGAGGAGAGAGGGAUGGAGAGGGAGAGGAUAUAGGAGGAGAGGGAGAGAGAGGGAAGGAGGAGGGAGAGGGAGGGAGAGUACAGGAAGAUGGAGAGGAGGACCGGGAGGAGGAGGAGAUGGCGGGG